UCAAUUUCUUACGACUUAAAGAUUAAAUACUUAUUGUGGACCGACACUUAGAUGAUGUUAAGUAUCAUGCUUGUUUCGAAGGAAAAGAAGUUUUCCUUGAAGGAGAAAAGGAACUACUCACUUGAAAUGGAUGAUAACGAAAAAAAUAUGAAUGAGAUGCAGGAUUUGAAUUAUAAAAAUAUGAAUGAGAUGUCAUCACAGCAAGUAAGAUGGAAAAUGAAUGCCUUAACAAAACGGUACAAAGAAUGUAUCGACAGCAAUAAUAAAACUGGAAGAGGUGCUGUUGAAUUUCAAUGGUUCGAUCAACUCGAUGAAAUUUUCGGGAAAAACAAUGUUAAAUCGGCUUAUCUGUUUCAACGAAGUUGUCUUUCUUUUUUGCGACGACAUCUAAGAAUAAAGAAUAUAACGCAACAGUCACUAACGAACAGAGUGAAAAUAAAGGAAAGAAAAAAAAGGAGUUGCAUGAAUCUCAUUUUGAAGUGAAAAAUACAAAGCGUACGGUCCUUGAAGAGAUCUGCCCAUCAUCAAAUAUAGCUGCAAAUAAGCAAGUUAUUGAAGAUGUAACAGCAACGAUGCAGCCCGAGACGUUAAAAAAGUUAUGCCCAGCACACGGAACUGCUUCAAACAUCGCAAAAAGUAAAAUUGAACUCGAAAAGCAGUGGCAUCAAUAUCUGUGGCAAGAUAAAACUAAAAGAGAGAUUAAGCUAAAGAGAAACGGUACAACGACAUAAUGAAAAAAAAGAAAGAAUUACUAGAAUUGAAAAAAAAACAAAUUGAAUUGAAAGAGAAAGAACUUCAACAGAAAAAGAUUAUUGCAAAUAACAAAAUGAACGAUAAGCAAAAGAGGCACGUUAGUGUUGUUAGUGUGAAACACUUUAGCAACCAAGAUCCUGCUUGCCGAGGAAAUGCCAUAUUUCGCGUUGUAGUAAAUUAUAUAAGUUUUUAUGAUAAAUACAUUUAGUUAGCUAAAUUGUGUUGCUGUCUUAGUUGCAUAACUGUAAAAGUAUAAAUUAUACUGUAAUUGAUAAUUAAGAAUACUUCUUAUUUAUUUUUAAUUCAAUUUAUUUCAUAGUACAUAAGUAUCACUUUACAAUUAACAUUUUAUUAUUGGAAAUCUUGAAAAAGUGCAAUAAAGCAGUAUUACAAAUC